UGUAAGGCAAAGAAUCCAUCAAUUCCUUGCUUUCACUUUAUCACAAAUUCAAGCAUUUCCUGCUUGGAUUUGAUUUGCAAGGCUUGGGUGGGCCACUGCAUUUUGCCUUAUAAAUACAUCUACACACACACUUUGGGAUACUGUGAUUUCAAUUGCUGGCUUGGUGAAGUGAUACUCCCACUUGUAGUAAAAGACCAAGCUUGGCUCUUCAUUGAAUCAUCAAUCUCAUUUCAGUGGUUGUACUGGGGCCUCAAGUCCCUUACCGAUAUAGAACUUAUUUUAUUUCAAACAAGGGGCCUUUUACAUUCUCAAGUAAAGAACAAAGAACAAAGAACAUACCACUUGUUAAUAAUGAGUACAGAGGAAGCUACAGCUGCAAUGGCGACUGACCUGGAGAAGAUUACCAUAACACCAUCUGGGCACACCAUUGAAAGCCCUGAAGAACACAAAUUGCCCAAGGUAGAUUGGGCCAAGUAUUCCAAGAGGGUGGUGCUCAAGAAAAUAGUAGGCCGCCCUGAUGGUGGCCUUGGACUCGUGGGAGAAAAGGUGGUGGUGGGAGGGUGGGUAAAGACUGGGCGGGAGCAAGGCAAAACAAGUUUUGCCUUCCUUGAAGUCAAUGAUGCCAACUGCCCUCCUAAUGUGCAGGCAAGAAUUCCUCUUUGUUUGCGGUCUCUAAUGAGAUUGGUGACAGGAGCUAACAAUAACAGUGCUGAUGCUACUACUGAUGGAGUAGCUGCUAGGCUUAAUUCUAUUAAAUCAAGUGGAAAUACCAAAACUGAACCCACUCCUGGGAGGACCCUCAGUAGUGUUGCAUAUUUGCAAGUGAGCGAUGGUUCUUGCGCUACCACUCUGCAGGUUGUAGUGGACUCUUCAGUGGCCAAUCUAAAAGAGCUAACACCAUCAGGAUCCUCUAUUGUAGUAGAGGGGGUGCUGAAAGAGAUACCAGAUGCAACAAAGAAGAAGGUUGAACUGAAAGUUCAAAAGAUUUUGCAUGUUGGAACUGCUGAUCCUGCCAAGUACCCAAUCACAAAGACAAGAUUGCCAUUGGAAUUUCUGAGAAACUAUGUGCACCUGCGACCCCGUACUAACACGAUUUCAUCAGUGGCUCGAAUUCGUAAUGCUCUGGCAUAUGCAACCCAUACAUUUUUCCAAAACCAUGGCUUCAUUUAUGUGCAUACACCCAUCAUCACAACCAGUCGUUGUGAGAAUGCAGGUGAGGCAUUUCAAGUCACAACACUGUUCAGUGAAGCAGACAGACUAGAAAGGGAACUGAAGGCACUGCACCAUCCUACUGAAGCUGACAUUCAAGCUGCGAAGGAUGCUGUUAAACAGAAAACAGAAGACCUGCAAGAGCUAAAGAAGAAUAACAGUGAUAAGGCCUCUAUAGACAAUGCUCUUGAAGAACUCAACAAGGCAAAAGCUUUUCUUUCAAAAUUGGAAGAAACGACUAAACUGAAACCAGGACUUCUUCAAAAGGAUGGCAAAUUUGACUAUUCCACAGAUUUCUUCUCUCGGCAGGCAUACCUAACUGUCUCUGGUCAACUUCACGUGGAAAGCUUUGCCCACGGCCUUAGCAGUGUGUACACGUUUGGGCCAACUUUCAGAGCUGAAAUCUCUCCGAGCAGAAGACAUCUUGUAGAGCAUUGGAUGGUUGAGCCAGAAAUCGCAUUUGCAGAUCUAGAGGAUGCUAUGAAUUGUGCAGAAGACUUGUUGAAAUUCUUAUGUCAGUGGUUGGUUGACAACUGCAUGGACGACAUGAAAUUCAUGGCAAAUCAAUUUGAUAAAAUUCUUUUCGAUCGUCUCCGUCUAGUGACUUCCAAUUCCUUUGAACGAAUUACCUACACAGAGGCAGUUGAUAUUCUGAAAAAGAAUGUCAAGUUUGAGAGCACGAUAGAGUGGGGUAUGGAUUUCAACGCCGACCAGGAGAGAUUCUUGGUGGAAGAAGUUUUCAAGAAACCAAUGAUUGUUUAUAAUCAUCCCAAACAAAUCAAGUCCUUUUCCAUGCGUCUCAAUGAUGAUGGAGUGACAGUCGCUUCCAUGGAUGUGCUUGUUCCAAAGGUAGGAGUAUUGAUGUCUGGAAGCCAACGGGAGGAGCGAUAUGAAGUUCUUGAGAAACGAUUGAAUGAACUUGGGUUGCCAAGAGAGCCAUAUGAAUGGUACUUAGAUCUGCGUCGAUAUGGAACCGUCAAACACUCUGGAUUUGGCUUUAGUUUUGAAAACCUGGUCCUCUUUUCAAGUGGUAUUGAUAAUAUAAAGGAUGUUGUUCCUUUCCCUAGGAGCAAAGGGAGAGCAGACAUAUAGAUAAGGCUUUUAAGUUUUAUGUUUUGGGAUAUGAUGGGACAUCAAAACUUAUAAAAGUAAUAGUACUUGAUUUUAUAUUAUUUUGAAUAAUAUUUUCAUAUUUUGUAA